UGUCUCCUUCUCCCCAUCUGAAGAGUCCCUCCCCCCAGUCAAAAGCUGCUUCAUCAAUUCAACAGCAACCGCCGCCACCACCACCACCACCACCAGUGCCGCCUAUAGUUCGUGAAGCCCCAAAACGAACGCCACCCUCUCCCAGAGCACUUCCACGCCGAGACGAUCCUGUCCUCACAAAAGAGAAAGAAACAUUGCCGUACAUUUCCAAGAGCUCUGUCGGAUGGACUAGUCCAACGGCUGCACAGUUAUACUCCUCCCCAAUUCCAAUUCCUCCUGCUAACUUACACCUCCCAUUGAACUCGCUGCAUACACAUCCGGGAUCAUUCUCUCAUCACCCGGCUGCCCCGCCGCCAACUCUCCACCCACACCACUCUUCUGCGGCACACCCCGCCACUCACAGUAUGUUUGCAUCUCCUCUACCUCCACCACCAACUCUAACCUCUACUGCCUUGCAAGUCCCGGCCAAUGUGCAGAGCCAUUUUGCAGAUUCUAUGUCUUUCCAAGCAACUCGCCCUCCUCCAACAUCGAAGCAGUGCGAGCAUUUGGAUUUUCCUGGCGGUCUCUGUCCGUCUGUUAUUAGUCCAUACUUACAUGCUGACUAUUUGCAACGUGAAGUGAGCAACCGGUUGUUGGCCCAUGACCGAACAGCUCCGCUCGGACCGGCCUCCUACAUGAGGACUGAGAUGCACCAACACCAACAUCAACAUAUGCACCAACAUCAACACACACACCAACAUACGAUUGGUCUAAGCACCCCUCCAUUCUCACCUUCUCUACUGCCUAACAAUGCGCAGCACCUGUUUGAGAAAAUCCCCCGAUAUGAGCCCUCAUUCUACCGCCAAGGAAUUCCGGGACUCAGUUAUGCUUUACCCUCACUGCUGACCCCAGCUGCUCCAGGAACUGCCCCCUUAAAUUCUGGCAUACCUGGGGCUUUUCAACCUAAAACCAUCAACCCUGGGGGUAUAUCAUCUGACCCAGCUUUACUGUCUCUUCGAGAACGUGUGAAACCUGGUCCUUCUCCAGUGACACCAAAGAAAACUGGUAAAUGGUGUGCAGUGCACGUGCAGGUUGCCUGGCGCAUCUACCACCACCAGCAGAAACAACACGAAGCACAGAAGGGUGGUGCAGACACAAAACCAGUUAUAGACCCACUGCGACCCCCUACCCAUCUUUUACCCAACAGUAAUAUACAUCGUCCUCCAGAUUUAGGGAGCAGUGCUCAGCCUGCACUUAUUAGUCCUUUCAUGGGAUCUACAAGACCUCCAUUUGAUUCAGGGCCCACACACCACAGCAGCUUUUUAAACCCAGCUCAUAUAGGUGUAUCACCAUUUGCACGGCCAUCUCCGUACAGUGUUGGCUUCCCUGGUCUAGGAAAUAGUUUAUUUAAUGGUGCCAGAGAACUGUCCAGUAUGUCAACACUGUCUCCAGAGUGGAACCGCUUACACAAGACACCUUCAUCUUUCCCUACUCCGCCAACGUGGCCCAAAACUGAUGAACGGGAGAAGGAGCGGGAGAGGGAGCUGAGUCUUCAUGACAGAAGAAAAGAAGAAGAACGUGAACGAGAAAGAAGAAACCUCGAGAGGUUAACCAGUCUUGAUAUUGACCGUGGUAGGGAGAAGGAUCGAAGUGACAGAUACAGAGAAACAGAAAGACGUCGUUCGCGAUCACGAUCUCGUUCUCCAAUAAGAAACGGUCGGCUUGAAGCAGCCAAAGCUGAGGUGAUUGAUAAACGCCACGAAGAGAAGGCCAGCAUAAAGAUCAAAGAGGAACGCCGAGAGGAAGAGGCUCAACUACUCGAACGCGAUAAACUGUUACGAAGUAACGAGUAUUUGUUUGGCCCCUUAUCCCAUACUGCAGCCACCAUGCCUGUCAACAUGCUGGAAAGGGCACGCAUGAUUGGACCACGAUAUUUCAGUAACGAACGUCCACAGCUCGGGGUUUGGAGCCACUACGAGAAAGGUUUCGAUGUCUCGCAUCACCGAUUAGACUUACGAGAUAUUGAACGCGAGCGAGAGCGAGAACACAUGCGAGACCUUUAUAUAAGAGAACGGAUGUUUGAACGCAUGCCGUUCUUUGAACGAGAACGCUACGAGUACGAGCAAAACAAACUGCCGGCAUUGAGAGCCGUCGAUCAGUUGUCAGUCGGACAUUUCCCCCGUACCGUCAGUCCCAUGGUCAACCAUUCUAGUAAGAGUAACUCUCCAGCGAGUAUACCAGGGGCCCCACCCCCUCUGAUUCCCUCAUCGACUACAUCACAUCCUCGCAGUCAUACAAACUCUCCCGCCAGUUCAAAAUCAAAGGCAAAUAGUCCAUUAGACAGUGCAAAUGAGUUGAAAGACAAACGAGAUAGCCAUUCUAGCUCUACGGAUCCUGAUGCUCAUUCUAGAUAGGACUAACUCAAAACUAUUUGAUGGAAUUGUAUUUAAAAAUUUAUUGGAACAAAAACACACUUUUUUUUUUUUUUGAAAUUUGAGGAAGAAGAAGAAGAAAAAAACAAUUUUUUUCUUUUUUUUUUAAUAAAAACCAAUUCAUUGUAAGAAAGUGCUUUUUUUUCUGUUUACUUGUGAUGGAAAGAAAAGACCUCAAUUUUGAUACCGUGAAUAUUGUGUGUAGGUCUUUCACUGUACUGUGUACGGUUCUUUGGUGAGACUCGAAGACUGGCCACGCUGAAAAGCUUCCAGGACUUUGCAGAAUUUAAAAUAAAUAAAUAUAUGAAAAAAUAAAA